CGUAAACAUAAACAUAAACACAGACAUCAAGACCUUCAAGACAUUUUUGGACAAUAAGUAGGCACACACAGGACAAAGGAUGAAUACACAGUUAGAUAAGCAACGUAUCACGCUUCUUUUAAACAUCAACACGCUGAUUAUACAGAGAUGUUUGAUGAUACAACAGCAACAACAACAACAGGGAAGCGCGAUGAAUCCAAAACUACAGCUGAUAUUGCAGGAUUUGCUGAAGAGAUUACACGCCAAUUUAACUUGUAUUGGGGAGCUUAGUGAGAAGCAUAACCAGCAGAACCUUACGAAGGUUGUGUUUCCGCAGAUAUUGACGGCACCUGCUGAUGUGCUGGAAUUGAACGAGUUCUAUGCCCAAUUACAAAAGCUGUUUCCAGAAGGUAUGACGAUAUUGCAAAGACGAGCUUUGCAAUUGAGGCAAGAACAGAUGCGUUCUGCUGGGGAAAACCAGGGACAAAUGCUGCAAGGACAACCACAUGGCCAAGGAAGACAGUUACAAGGACAAAUGCAAGCUCAGAUGCAAAAUCAAUUGCAAGGCCAAAUGGGCGGGCAGCUACAAGGACAAAUUCCAGGACAGCAGCAGCAGCAGGCGUCUAUUCAAGGACAACAGUACUGGUAGAGAAGGCGGUGGUGAACUGGGCCCAAAUGAAUUCCAUAAAAAAUGUUGUAACGUUAUAAUAAAAACCAUAUUGGGGAUAUAUGUGAAGGUUUUUAACCACUGCUUACAGGAGGUAUUAUUGCGACUUCAUCGUCCUUGUCCAAUUUGAUUUGAUCUUUCAACUCAAUAUCGAUAUACUCCAAGUUAACUGUCAACCCACAACUUUGCCUCACGUAUUCACUGAGACCUUUAAAGUUACGGUCCCAAUGUUGAAACAGAUCAUCCAAGCAUUGUACGUUAUCCACCGUUUCUGAUUUAGCCCCAAGGGUGAAUGAAGUGCUCG